AAACAAUCAUGCUACAGCAACAGGAGUAGAAAGGACGCUGCCUGUUAACAGAAUUGAUUAUUUCAAACAAUUUAUGAGACCGGCGGUUCUUUCAUACCCUGAUGUCAAAGCGCUCAAAAUAGCCAUUAUAGGUUGUCCAAAUUCAGGGAAGUCUAGUCUUGUCAACAUGCUCGUCGGCUGGCGUGUUUGCGCCCAUUCAUCGAAAGCACACACCACUCGGUCCAAACAAGUUGCUGUAUUUACUCAAGAAAAUAUUCAGCUAAUAUGA